AUGGGACGAUGCAAAGCCCUAAAGACAUUGAAUAUUCCUUCCUCUGUAGAGAUCAUUGGAGACCACGCCUUUUUUCUGUGGACAGGCUUGGUGGACGACGUACAUCUUCGGGAAGGCUUGAAAACGAUUGGAGCGAAUGCCUUUGGCGUAUGCUCGUCCUUGUCCAAAAUUAGGAUUCCCUCAACGGUAGAGACCAUGGGAAAGCUCGCUUUUGCGGAUUGCUUCGAGCUGAAGGAAGUCGUCUAUGACAGUGAUUCAAAGCUGAACAAAUUGGAAGGACGCAUGUUUUCUGGCUGCAUUUCCUUGACGGACAUCAACCUGCCACCAAGCAUUCAAGAAAUUGGGAUGGAAGCAUUUAUCGGAUGCCGAAAAUUGAAAUCAAUGGAUCUUCCCAAGCAGCUCGCAAUCAUUAGAGAUAGUGCCUUUCAGAACUGCAUCAAGCUGCAAGUAGUUCAGCUACACCAUCGAUUGACGAUAAUUGAAGACAGGGCUUUUAUAGAUUGUCACUCACUAUUGAAAAUUGAGAUUCCUUUUACAGUGGAAGCAAUAGGAAUCUGUGCUUUCAGUGUGUCUGUAGAGUUGCAACCUGACUCUGACGUUGCCAUUGAAGAUCGUGCGUUUGCUUGUAAUGAUGGGCUUUGCAAUUUUUCGUCGGAGGAUAGUCCCGGUGCGCGGAUCAGUGUAUGUGCCCUUUCUCAAAGCACUGUUGAGGAUUCUGAUGAAGAUGGUGAAGACGACAAUCCAGAGUUUUGGAAAAGUCGGUAUCGCGGGUAUCUUGUUCACAGCAUGUGCUACCAUGCAUCCACCACCAAUGCCCUCCAACUACGUAGGGCUAUAGCCCUUUGGAAGCCUCCACUUUGUGAUGACGAUGGACCGGAUGUCCAAUUUAGAAAGCACGCCAUAGACCAAUGUGGCAUGACUCCAUUCCAUGUCCUCCUAUCGGCUGCGAAACGGAGACGGGACUUGCUAGAGGUUUUGCUGGAAGAGUAUCCUUUGCAUAUGCUCGGAUGGAAAAACACGCUGGGGAGACGGCCUUUAAAUAGCUUGAUUGGUAACUGGACAGGAGAAGCCAAGGAAAUGAUGAAGAUUGCUGUGCAGAAAUGGAUGAUUGAUCGGAUGGCAACUUGGGGCUUGCAAGUGUGGAGAGAGAAUAUCUCUAGCAGACUGAACAAGUUAUUGAAAACUGGCGAAUCGAAGCAUCCGAUGUUGAGGUUUCCAAUCUUGGAUGGAAUAUAUGAUCAGUUUUAUCAUUUUGAAAGAAUGGAGGCCACAUCUUUUUUGGAAUUGUGGCUGUGGAAAAUGGAAAUACGAUCUACUAGUCGAAAAGAAUGCAAGCGUAUUCUCCUGGACCGAGGGAGUAGUCGGCAUCGGUGCGGUGCUACCUUUGUAAUCCCGACUGUCAUAACUUAUCUACCGCAUGUUGAUGAGGUCGCUGACGAUGACAGUGGUCAAAGUGACGACGAGGAUGGCCGUGACAACGAAGAUGAUAGUGAUAGCGCUGCUGGUUUUUGUUACGAAGUCUUUUUGUCUGACGCAAAGUGCAAACGUUUGAGGUCCUGGCCGUCAACAUGGGAUGAUGCUUCUUUGUCCAGCGAAAAUGGAGAUGACGAGUCCAGUGAAUAA